ACCCCCAACUUACCCGACGGACGGGAUAAAUUUGCUGAAAACCCUAGCAGAAGCUUUGCUCCCAGUCCAAUCUCCUUGCGCCUGCCUGCCGCCGCUCUCUACCUUCUCCGACGUCGCCAUGGCCAAGAGAACGAAGAAGGCUGGCAUUGUUGGAAAGUAUGGAACCCGUUAUGGGGCAAGUCUGCGUAAGCAGAUUAAGAAAAUGGAGGUUAGUCAGCAUAGCAGGUACUUCUGUGAGUUCUGUGGGAAGUAUGCUGUUAAGAGAAAGGCAGUCGGAAUCUGGGGCUGCAAGGACUGUGGCAAAGUGAAGGCCGGCGGAGCUUACACGUUGAACACCGCAAGUGCUGUGACUGUUCGGAGCACCAUUCGGAGGUUGAGAGAACAAACUGAAAGCUGAGCAUCCAAUUGGCUUACAUAUGGCGUCUUCUGCAGUUAGAGAUUUCCAAUUCAGAAUGUCUUUGGUGAAGUUAGUUUUUCUUUCUUAUGGGACUUGAAAAAUUGGAUGUAAUCUUUUGACUGAUGAGCAACCUAUUGCUCUGAUAGAAAUGGAUGGAUCUGAGUUAUUAUAAUUUGAAGUCGCAGUAGAUUUUCAUUUCCA